CACUUUUUCUUAUUGAUAAAUCAUGUCUCACCAGGGUGUAAGAUGUUUGUCUAGGGCAGAGGCCGCUGACAUUCGUAGCAACAUCCCUAUUGCUGUUUACUGGUCAGAUGAUGACGUAGCAAAUUGGAUAGAAGAGAACGGUUUCCCACAGUACAAGCGAUGUUUCUUGGAAAAUAUUAUAACAGGAAGAAAACUGAUUGCCAUUGAUGCUUCCUCCUUGCCAAAAAUGGGAAUUCACGACUUUGAGCACAUCAAGCAAAUAACGGCUUUAGUUCGGGAUUUGUUGGGAAUACCUAAAUACCCCAUGAAGAGAGAAGUUCGGAUGAGGGACCCUCGGAUAGCGUACCUGGAGUUAAAGCGCCGGACGGGCAGAGAAAUGGAUAGUACCACCUUCAAUAUCUUCUUGUUUGACAACCGACACUUCUUUCCACAGAAGAGAAAAUCAAUCUCACAGUAAUGGAGAUAUCUAGAUUCAUUUUACCGUCUUAAUUAUGUUUGAUGGCAUUUUUAUACAAUAGCUGCAGUGAUGUUUUAUUUUUUUGUCAUUUCUUUUAACAACUUCACUUGAUAUAUGGUUCAGACAUUUAUAUGUCAAGAAAAAAAGUCACAAAAUUGGACUUUAUUUUGGCAGAAGAAAAAUAUGUUUAAGAAAUUACACCCUUUUCUUGACGGAAAAAGUACACAAAGACAAGCAAUUGGUAUGAUGUGUUUUAAUCCAAUAAAUUUUGCAUGAAAUAUACAAA